CCCGCGUCUCUCUCAGCCAAUCGGCCUCUGAUACCCCACCCCUUCCGCUCUAGGGAAAAACUAGCUCCCAGGUCGUCUUCCGGCGGGAGCUGUGCUGCUCCUUAUCAUGGGGACAAUUCAUCUCUUUAGAAAACCACAGAGAUCUUUUUUUGGCAAGUUACUACAGGAAUUUAGACUUGUAGCAGCUGACCGAAGGUCCUGGAAGAUACUGCUCUUUGGUGUAAUAAAUUUAACAUGUACUGGCUUCCUGCUUAUGUGGUGCAGUUCUACGAACAGUAUAGCUUUAACUGCCUAUACUUACUUGACCAUAUUUGACCUUUUUAGUUUAAUAACAUGUUUGAUAAGUUACUGGGUAAUGAUGAGGAAACCUAGCCCUGUCUAUUCAUUUGGAUUUGAAAGAUUAGAAGUCUUGGCUGUAUUUGCCUCCACAGUCUUGGCACAAUUGGGAGCUCUCUUUAUAUUAAAAGAAAGUGCAGAACGCUUUCUGGAGCAGCCUGAGAUACACACGGGAAGAUUAUUAGUUGGUACUUUUGUGGCUCUUUCCUUCAACUUGUUCACAAUGCUUUCUAUUCGGAAUAAGCCUUUUGCUUAUGUCUCUGAAGCUGCUAGUACGAGUUGGCUUCAAGAGCAUGUUGCAGAUCUUAGUCGAAGCCUGUGUGGAAUUAUUCCAGGACUUAGCAGCAUCUUCCUUCCCCGAAUGAAUCCAUUUGUUUUGAUUGAUCUUGCUGGAGCAUUUGCUCUUUGUAUUACAUAUAUGCUAAUUGAAAUUAAUAAUUAUUUUGCUGUGGACACUGCUUCUGCCAUAGCCAUUGCUCUGAUGACAUUUGGCACUAUGUAUCCCAUGAGCGUGUACAGUGGCAAAGUAUUACUGCAGACAACGCCACCCCAUGUUAUUGGUCAGUUGGACAAACUUAUCAGAGAGGUAUCUACCUUGGAUGGAGUUUUAGAAGUUCGAAAUGAGCAUUUUUGGACCCUAGGUUUUGGCUCACUGGCCGGAUCAGUGCAUGUAAGAAUUCGACGGGAUGCAAAUGAACAAAUGGUUCUUGCUCAUGUGACCAACAGGCUGUACACUCUAGUGUCUACUUUGACCGUUCAAAUUUUCAAGGAUGAUUGGAUUAGACCUGCCUUACUGUCUGGGCCUGUUGCAGCCAAUGUCCUAAACUUUUCAGAUCAUCACAUAAUUCCAAUGCCUCCUUUAAAGGGUACUGAUGAUUCAAACCCUGUUACGUCGACUCCAGCUAAACCUAGUAGUCCACCUCCAGAAUUUUCAUUUAACACCCCUGGAAAAAACGUGAGCCCAGUCAUUCUGCUCAACACCCAAACAAGACCUUCUGGUUUGGGUCUUAAUCAUGGACACACACCUUACAGUAGUAGCUUGCUUAAUCAAGGACUUGGAGUUCCAGGAAUUGGAGUAACCCAAGGAUUCAGGACCGGUUUUACAAAUAUGCCAAGUAGAUACGGAGCUAACAAUAGAACUGGACAACCAAGACCAUGAUGUACUGCAAUCUAACUUAUUUUUAUGAGAACAUUGACUCCUUGAUUCCAUUUUAUUUACUAAUCCAGCUGUGCACCGACUGUUCAAUCGUUUACUCUAAAUGAUAGAGAAUAGUAGGUUUGUUCACAUUACAUGAAACUGAUGAAAGUACCUUUUUGUAAACGUAUUUGGGGCUGUGUGAGAACCUUCUAAAUGUUAUAGGAUUUGAAAUUUAGGCUUCCUUUAGAAAGCGUGUUUCUCUGAAUUUAAAUUUUGUUAUUUGCUUUUGUAGUUGAUUGCAGUGUGAUAGACAUUAUAAGAGAAUCACUUGAUGUGGAGCAAAUCUGUCACAUUAUUAAAAGUAUAAUAUUUUCUUCAAUGAAAUUUAUAAACAUGCUUCUUGAAUAAUGACAUACAUUUUAAGAAUGGAAAAAAACAUCCAUUCUGAAAGUAAAAGUCUCUUUUAUAGUUUUCCAAACUUAAUUGCUACAUUUUUUUUGAGGUCCUCUUGAUUUAUGUCUUGCAAAAGAAAGAAAAAGUUUUUAUCAAAAAUUUUAAAGCAUAUUCUGUCUAGCAUAAUUUGAAAUUUUUAAUUAUCAAAAAUUUUUUAGUUUUUUCAUUAAAAUAUUUCAGUACACUUAUAAAUAGUCUGUGGUUCUCAAAGUGUUUUAUUUUGGUUAAAUGAAUACCAAAUCCUUUGGUAAUGUGCAGUGAAGGAAUCCAGUUUUCUAUAUAACAUAUAAUCAAAUUGAUAUAAUGAAACAAAACAAACCCCCAAAGUACUGACAUAAUGAUGGAAUUUAUCUUUUUUGUCACCUUUCCAUUGGUUUACUUUACUCUCUCACUUUAUUAACAAAAUAUAUCAGAUAUAUUACCAAAAUAUAUAGAAUUCCAUGCAUAAUGUGGGAUUUGAUAUCUUUUCAAAGUUGCAUAAACAAUUUGAGUUAACAUUAUAUAAUUUUACCAAAACAUAAUAGAUCCUACGUUAUAGAGUACAGUAUUGUUAUAUCUGUAACAGGCAAUUUCCAACUUAUUUUGUUUUGCUUUGUCAAGAUCAUAAAUUGUUAACUGUGAUGAAAUGUGAGAAUCAUGUGGAUUAUCUUGUUUUUUGAUUAUUUUCCAAAUGCGGAUGUUAAGGACUUGCCAACAUGGUCAGUAUUACUUAUAAAAAGUAUCACAAGCAGCAGUCACAAAUUACCUGAGGUAAUUUUUUAAAUUUAAUCAUGAGUUUUGUAAUUAGAGUUUUAAAAAGGUAUUUUGAGAGUGGAUUCAGCUUUUCUGGAAUCUAGUACUCCUGGAGAUUUAUGAUUUUUCCAGCCAUCAGCCAGCUAUGUAGAGAAGAUUUUUGUUUUUGUAGAAUUUGCAAGUUGCUUCAAUCAGCUCAUCUUCUUUUAAAUAUGAGCAGCACUUCCAAAUCUGAUUUCACAGUGGAAUAACAUCCAAGAAGCCAUCUUUGUCAAGCAGAGUUAUAGUCAUCCUGUAAUAAGUGGCCAUGUCCCAACUUUUGCUUGGUGAGGAGUUUGUCAUUGUCUUUAACAUCCGCAACCCUGUUCAGGCAUUUGACCUGCUGAAGAAAUAGAGCCCACACUACCUUGACUUCUGGGAAAAAUGAAAUUUUGUAAAUGUAAUAAGGCAAUCUGUUCCUUGUCCUUUGUCUUAUGUUCUCCAACUAUUAGUAUACCUAUUAUUGGUCUACUAUUACAGGGUGAUUUUUCCUCCAUUGACCUCAUCUAAGUGGGUCACGCAUGAAAUCUGAAGAACUGCCAUGUACUGAGUGAUGAUUAAGAGGUAUGUGCUGCCCCUCGCCCCCCCCCCCCCCGCCGCCGCAUGUCUUCUCCAUUCUCAUGGGAUUUUUAAAGUGUACAGAACACAAUUCUGCAUGAAGUUAAAUGCCUGUUUCCUCAUCACCCAUUCAGAGGCAACACCUGUGUAGUUGUCCCACCAAAGGUGCUUUGAUACCCACCUGCACUGUUUAAGAAGUUUGCUGUGGGUUUUGGAGGAAUUGGCUCUACUUCCUGAAAUUCACUGAUGCCAACUGCUAUAGGUGACAUUGGUCCAUUCAUGAUUAUAUAAAGAAGUCUUAUUUGCCAAGCUCUGGCCAGAUUCUGGAUAUGAAAACAAGAAACUUGGCCAACCUAGGACUAUGGGCAAUAGCCUUGCUGGUAAAUCUUGCCACAGAAUCACUUGAAGCUAAACAAGGAAGUUUGAAUUGAAUAUUUGGCCCAUUGUUUGUGAUUAAGAGCAAGUUCUAUGGAGCGUAAUUAACCCCGUCUCAGAAAACGCCAUACUGUAAUGGAAAAACACUGGACUAGAAGUCAGGAGAUUUGGAUUCUGAUCCUGAUGCUGCCAUUAUGUAAGUAUUUUGUUACUGUGGGCAAGUCAUUUAACUUCUCUCUGCUUUAUCAUCUAUAAAGUUGGGAUGGGAAUGGAUUAGUUAAUCUGUAAACUGUCAGCUCUAAAUUUCCUUCCAGUGACUACCUCAGCAUACAGGCCAAGUGUUACCUACACCAACACCCAAGCCAUUAAUUUGAGGUGCCAUGAGUAUAGAAGGUGAACUGCAGGUUAAACACCAUUUAGGUUUUUGUUUAUUUCACACUGGACUUAAAUCUGUUAAGAUUAAACAGAUUUUUCUUGGACUUCUUUUCUUUGUGGGGAAGGAUUAUUUUGGGUGGUAUUGGCGAAAAGUUUAGGACAGGGUACCUUUAGCUUCCUUGGGUACAAAAGAAUGGGGUACAUUUUUCUUUCUUCCUUAAUCUAUAAAGAUAACAGUUGGAAAUACUUACAUGUAUAAGCAAAUGGGGAGGUCCUGAAUAUCAAGCCUCUGAUUAAGCUGCUUGUGAACUGCCAGUUUUUUGCUUGACUAAAGAAUGCUGAUCUCUUUGGGAGUCUAAUCUGCUUAUAUGAGAAAAUGCUUUUUACAUCCCAAAUUGUUUGAAUCACACUGUUUGAAUAAAGAACGUACAUAGA